ACGGAUGUGCGCAUGUGCAGGCAGGAAGCCGUGUGGAAUAUGAAAAGAGAGGUAAACAGCUAACAGUUAGCGUGUUAAACGGAUCAAUAUGGACGCACAGAAAGAUCUACAGCCGCCCAAACAGCAGCCUAUGAUCUACAUAUGUGGAGAAUGUCACACUGAAAAUGAAAUUAAGGCUCGUGAUCCUAUCAGAUGCAGAGAGUGUGGAUACAGGAUCAUGUACAAGAAGAGAACAAAGAGAUUGGUUGUGUUUGAUGCCCGAUGAAGAAGAGGAGAGCAGCAGUUUGGAUGAUUCUUGUUGUUUACUGUUUUUUUCUAUCAUAUCACCAUGUAAAUAAAUAGACCUUGAGGCCUGGCUUUGGAUUUCAGAAUUAUUCAUUUUCAUGUCAACAUAAACAUUACUGGGGGUUUUUAAUUGGUGAAGAAGUUUUGAUUUAUUAAAACACAUUUUUAAUUGA